AUGGCAGACCUGCCAACCUCCGUCUCAGCAGAGGGCAUUGACAAGAACUCGAGGCUCGCAGACACAACUCCCGACAUCAAGUUCUUCUCACCAGACGAAUAUGACUUCCCAGUCAUCGCGUUCCGCUGCACAAACGCAGUCGGCACCAUCAUGUUUGCAAAGCGAUGGCUUCUGUCACAAUACGACAGCAACGCCUGGGGCGGACCCGAGAUCCUACGCCUGGAAACCCAAGAGGUGGAGAAGGUGAAGCACAGGGAAGAGGGCACGCUGUUGCUGCUCGAGCAUGCAUGCUGGAUCGAGGGUCGAAAGGGCCGAGUGCCCUUGAGGAUCAUGGCGCUGGUCAUGCCCAAGGACCCUCGCGUGCGGUUUUGGUACUCGAUUGCGUCCUUCAAGGGGCUGCUGCUUCGACUCGACGAAGAGGGCUUCAUCCAGCCGAGGAAGACGUUCGAGCCGAAGGUCAGCAGGCAUCAUCGGAGGUUGUUUGUUUGGAUGAGGGAUGCUUUUAUGGAUACGCUCAAGGUGCCUGAUCAUCCGGACUAUCUCAACGCCAUGGCCAUGACAGACUACUCCCCACCGAUCCUCCACCCCAGCGCCUCCCUCCGGCUAAUCGAAUCCUGCGAACCGCUCUACGCCUCCCAAAAAGACACACCCAAGGACCUCUCCCUCGACCGCUACAUCCUCGCGCUCCCACCUCCGGAACGCGAAGUCGCCUCCCAAGUCCAGCUCACCUGCGCCGAGUACCUGCUCCUCAAACGCAACUUCUUCAAGGACUGGUUCACCGAGGUGUACCGCUCGGAUAAGAAGGUCAAGGACGGCGAGGUCGUGCGCACGAACUAUGCGCAUGAGCAGUGGUUGGAGAGGGUGUAUGAGUGGACGGUGAGGCGGGCGAGGAGAUUGGUUGUGGCGUGGAAGGUUUUGGGGCUGUUGGAUCAGGAGAGGGUUUUGCCUUGGGUGUUGCAGGGGGGGAUGUUGGCUGAGGCCGUUGGGGCGAUGGAGGAGGAAGAUGGGGAGAGGGUGGAUAGAGAGGGUGGUGCUGCUGCUGGGAAGACGGUGGGGCGGCCGAGGAGGGCGAGAUGA